AUGUUUGAAUCUCUGAGUAUUUACGAACCCUCUGAUGAGUUCUUAUCUGCUCCAGACGCAGUGUUCCCCAGUCUCGGCGAUGUUGAGUACGCGGCUGAGGAAGAAGACACACAGACGGAAUCUCUUUCCAUUUUGUCGACACUUCUGGCGGAUUUCUUCAAACUUCGUGAGGAAGUACUGGGCCUUUGGCAACAAUAUCAGGCUGGAUCUAGAGAUCUUGCUGCCGUUGCGGUAGCUACAAACACAGCCAUCAAGCUUGCUCAUAGCAUGGAAGAAGAGGUUUCCACGCAGCUGAAGAAGCUUGGUGGGGUGAAAGAACUUAUCCCGAUGGUGUUUGGGGGCGCAUGUGCGGCUCAGGGGCUGCAUCCUGAGGAUAAACGUCAACCAACCGAUGACUACAACUAUAGGUGCUACGCUGAGACUAAUUUUUUCCUCUAUAACAUUCUAUGCCUCCUUAACGCUUACAAGGGACAGGGUCUCUCUGACACGUGUCCUUCCUGCAAUGGAAAGUUCGGCUGGUACAGAGACGAUCACAAGGCUGAAGACGACCGGGAGCGUUGGCAAGAGGAUAAAGCGGCUCUACUGGAGCUCUUUGCGGACAUGCAUGUCAUCGUCACGACACUCAAGGGCAUUCAAGUUCAAGACGAGUUCGUCAAAGGUUUCAAGCAAAAGAUGCAGACGAAGAAAAUCCCCGGUGUCUGGCUUGCAUUUGGUGCACGGAUCUACCUAGACGUCCUCAAAUCUCUUGGUUCUGAAGUCCGCAGAGGCGGGGAAUAUUUGAAGAGGAUCACGAAUUCAAUUGGAGAUGUCGUCAGAGAAGCACCAGAGCUUAAGAAGGGUCGCCACUUCAAGGAGGCAAUUGAUGAUCUCCUGAUGUCGGUGGACCAGUGGGGCUCAGAUAAAGAUAUCUUCAACACCAUACGGCAAGUUAGUGGUCUGCCAACCAGGCCGUCCAACUUCUUGAGUUACAAUCCCAUGUUCUGCGAUCUUCACGUUCACGACAUAAGAACAGCCUUCCACCGGCUUGGUAUCGAGUUCGUAUCCAAGGGAAAUUGA